AUGGAUCCUUUGUCAAUAACCACAGGCUGCGUAGGUCUAAUUUCGACUAUCGGCACGCUUUCUUUAUCCAUUAAUAGCUUCGUGCGUACCUGUCGCGAAGCUCGUAAUGACCUAGAUCGAGUAGUAAGAGAGCUCCUCUCCCUACAGACAGUCCUUGAGCUCAUUAAAGAUGCAAUUGACGAGGAUAAGACAUUUCCUAACACUCUUGCAUACCAUGUUUCAAAUAUUUUGGCCAACUGUCAUUUAGUCGUCACCGAGUUGCAAGGCUGUGUUACGAAAUACGGCAACAAUCGACUAAAGACAAAGGCCAGCUGGACUAUCAGUGGCCAGGGAGACGUUGCGAAAUUGCGGUCAAAUUUAGAGGCUCAUAAGGCGGCACUGGAAUUGGCUCUUGAUAUGCUUGCGCUGCAUACGGCUAAAGCAAUAAGAACAGACACAACAGAGAUCCGGAAUGAUACAUCAGCUAUAAAGGAUGGUACGGCUCAAAUUUUGCAAGAGAUCAGCCAACUCCAGGCACAGCUAUCAAAUCGAGAUGACUAUAUCCUGCAGAAAUUUCUAGAAGAUAUGACGACAUACACUGAGAACGACUUAGAUGGAGCAUCUAUCGAUUGGAAAAGUUCUAGUACAUGGGUCCCAUCUCCUAUUAUGGAAGACGAAGAAAGUAUUGGCUCUGCACAGCUUUCAAUUUCUGAGUCAGCGCAUUUUAACGUCUACAACAAUCAUUCAGAGUAUCAAGUAGCCGAAGAGGACGGACUUUCGGUGUGGGAGUGCAUCAAAAACGUGGAGACCUACUAUAAGGGGAUAGAGGGAGAGUGGCGCGACAUCUGCUUAAGACGACGGCGCCGAGCAGCAGUCAUGGCAGAGCAACGUCCCUCUUCCCUGUCUAAAGUACCUUUAGAUUCCUUUGAUGCCGCCUUUGGUCUUUUUCGUCCCCCAUCCCCGUCUACAGUACCUCCAGAAUUAUUUGAUGCCUUUAGUCUGAGUUUUUACUGGAGUGCGUCAGAGGAUAUACCAGACCCUUUCGCUGACGAGGUCUCCCUUGAAUCUUCCACGACCCAUUUCACGGCAUUGACGUUCCCGGGACGUGAAUUCGCUUUUCAGGACAUUCUUCGGCCUAGCCGCUUCCAACCACCCAGACAGAUCAAGAUCGCAUUCUAUAUCCCAGUAGAUGGUUUCACUUCUCCUAGUGAAUUCGAAACGCAAUGGAAUUUUAUUUCCAUUCAUGUUGCGGCACUCGCUCAGCAGGUUGCAUCACCUUGGCAGAAUAUUGUUGUUAUCAUCGAGGGACCUCCUAGGUGGAUUGGGGUUGAUCCUAAUAUCCUUAUGCUCUUCAGGAAUUUGGGGAUCCUGUUCGAAACAGAUCAGUCGAUUGAUUAUGUUGGCCGUGUCUCGCUGUAUCCGCCAUACCAUAUGGAACGUGAUGAGAUUUUUGAGCGACCGAUCCUUGGCACUAUAUAUGAGCGUACAGUGCAGCCAACAACUCAUUCCUAUAGAGGCUGUUUUGAGAAUAUUCUAAUUCCUACACCACUACAGGUAAUAGCAGUGGCGCCACAUCAGUACCGAAACGACCCGACACAUCAUAAUCUGCAGUAUUAUGACAACUGGGCUGUAGCUGUUUGUAAUGUUUUGAAACCAGAGUUCAUAGUCACUCUGCCUUACCCUGAAAUGGCAAAGACUCCCCAUCCAAACCGAUUUCUUAGGGAUCUUUGGAGGUGCCGCACCCGAUUUAGCAACUCAAAGCAUGAGCAUGUCAAUCAAUGUGUCCUGCUUACACCCUUGGAGUUUCAAACGGGCCGCGUGGGGAUAAGGCCGGUGAGGAGCAGAGUUGGACUUCUCAACCGUAAACCCAGCCUGGAGAAUGAUGUCUCGAGCCUUUCUACCCAGUCCGACAUCGAGAUACUGCCGCAUCCCGAGCAACCCACCACGGCUGUAGAGCACGUCGAUGGACUUCUCAAGGAGCCGCUGCCGCAUCCCAAACAAUCCACCACGUCUGCAGAGCACGUCGUUGGCUUUAGGUCUCAGCCAGAGUCAACUGCAAGGAAUACACCUCCUGUUGAAAAUUGGAAUUAUAUUUACAUUUUAUCUGGCUUAGUUAUCUCUUAUAUUAUAUUAUUCUCUACCUUUUAUACCUAUAUUUUAUUUAGUUUAGUUUUCUUUUAUAUUAUAUAUAUCUUUCUUUUAGUAUAA